AUAAACCAAAAUGAAGAAUCUUUUCUAACCUUUUUCAGACAGAAAAAAGUAGUUGGUUCAAUACUCUAUUAUGACAUUGAACAAUCCAAGUGUGUGUUGUUGAGUUCUUCUCCUAAUCCCCCCAAUCUCCCCAAUCUUUGAGCAAUGGAAGCAACUCCAAUAAACAGUAAACCAUCUUCUGAUUUUCCGCUCGCUGUUGUUGAACUCAAAACCCCCAAUUUACCGGAAAACAACGGUGUCACAAUCGCUCAGCUUCCCCCAUCCUCUAAAACAUCUCCUCUUGCUCCGUUAACACCGUCACCUGAACUUUCGGCCAAACUAAAACGCAAACGCUUGAAGCCCGAGAGACUCGAGUUUUCUUCAAUUAAAGCGGAGAAGAAACGCUUGUCUUCCAAAAAUAAGGUGGUACGUAAUCCUUCAAAAAAGCGUUUCAAUUUGGGAAAAGAAAUUGACGCUAAGGCCCCGGUGGAAGUCUCGGAAACUUUGACUCGAGCAAGAGAGUUUCAAUCGACCCUUGGAAAUGAAUACCCUAGCUUUCUAAAAAUAAUGCUCAAAUCACACGUUACUAUGUGUUUUUGGAUGGGCGUUCCGUUGUCUUUUUGCAGAUCGUUUUUCCCAAAGCACGAUUGUUUGAUGGUAAUCGAAGAUGAAGAUGGAAAACAAUCUAAUCUCAAAUUCCUUGCACACAAGUUUGGGCUUAGUGCAGGGUGGAGACAGUUUGCAAUUGGACAUAAAUUGCGCGAAGGGGAUGUUUUAAUCUUCCAGUUAGUUGAAUCUUGCAAAUUAAAGGUUUACACUAUAAGAACAAAUGAUUCAAAAGAUGUUGAUGGUGAAGCUGUUAAUGUGAUAAACCUUGAUGAACACGAGGAACAACACAUAACUCCUGAGCAACACAUAACUCCAGCCACAAUUAAGACAUAUUAUAAACCCGAAGGAAGAAAGUGUUCAAGUUCAAGUUCUAUUCCCUUGACCAAAAUCAAAAGGAAGUACAAAAGGUCUAAACCGCCUACUCAGCUCGACAGCCACCAAACAGACCAUCCUGUGGUCAACUCACAAGUUCAAGAAGGCCACCCGGAACAAAAUCUUUCGCUAAAAGAUGUCAAAACCUUCUCAGACUUUCACAUCAUGGUCAACAAAGAGUGCAUUGACUCAGAGCUUUCAGAAGAAAUCCGUUUGGAUUAUUACAAUCUCUGCAUUGGGAAAAAAGAAAUCCUUCACGAUAAUGUUCGUGAAGGCUUGUACUAUAAGUUAGUGGCGGGUGUGAUUGGUGAAACUGUAAACAUAGCAAAUAUGAUAAGAAAGUGCAAGCUCACCACCACGAAGGAAGAAUUCGAUGCAUGGGAUAGCGCCCUGGAAUCUUUUGGGCUUAUAGGAAUGAAAGUCGGGUUCUUACGCGAUAGGAUACGCGAACUCGCAAACCUUCCAUUUGAAUCUGAAGAUGCAAAAAGAUAUAUGGAGGCGAAAGAGGAACGCAACCGAAAUGCGAAUGAGAUUAAGGUUUUGAAAGCGAAGAUGGUGGAAUUACAUGAAAGUAAUAAAAGGAUUGAUGAGGUUAUGAGUGGAUUGAAAGAGAAAGCUAAGAGGUAUAAGAUUGAGUUCCAGAAAAAGGUUGAUGCACCAUGGUAGCAUUAGUAAACCAGUAAAGCAAGCUAUGGUAGUCAUGUUAGACUUAUAAAUAUUUUGGUGUUAUGUGAAUCAUGUAGGUCUUAACUUUAAUAUGGAGGGUCCUUCUGUAAUAAUAACCCAGACAUUUGUUCUAUCUAAGAUUUGGUUUCUAGAAUAA